UGCACUCCUGCAGUACAAACCCGGAAGUGCCACGCUGGAGAUAAACAAACGUCAAAUUCCAACAUCACAUUUUUGUCUCAAACAAAUCCAAUGUAACUCCAUAAGUAUGUGAGUGACAUAAAUAAAACUCAGUACACCAGAGUAGUUAAGAGUGAAACAGUAAAAAUGGGACAACUUUGGGCAAAAAGUUUUGGCCGCCUGAUGAAGAAAAAAGAGGUCAGGAUUUUGGUUCUUGGUCUUGAUGCCUCGGGGAAGACGACCAUGUUGUACAGGAUGAAACUAGGUGAAGUGGUGACAACCAUCCCGACCAUUGGAUUCAAUGUCGAGACCGUCGAAUACAAGGAUAUCUCUUUUACAGUCUGGGAUGUUGGAGGCAGGGGAAAAAUUCGCCCCCUUUAUCGCCAUUACUACCCAAAUACUGACGCUGUGAUCUUCAUGAUCGAUAGCAAUGACAGGGAGCGCUUCUCCGAAAUGAAAGACGAAAUGGAACACUUCCUUGCUGAAGAUGAUCUCAGGAAUACGACUUUCAUCGCCAUGGCGAAUAAGCAGGAUUUACCAGACGCUAUGUCGCCAACCGAGGUGGCGGGUCUUAUCAACAAGGACAGGAAAGGGUUUAGGAAGGAUAGAAUUGCCGUUUUCCCAACAUCAGCAAAAACUAGUGAAGGUCUGUUCGAAUGUUUUGACUGGCUGUGUGAUGAAUUGAGUGGAAAACACAUUCAGGAGACGGCAGUCGAACCAUGGAAAGAUAUGGCCAAGGACAUCACAGAGGAGGGGAAAACUGGGCUAAAAUUUGUCACAACCACUUGGAUGAAACUGUUGUCUACUUUUCAAUUAACUUCUAAGGUGUGAGAAUGCAGGCAUAAGGAUCUUUAGAAUCGUUUAAAGGACUGGUCUCACCCUGGAGAAUCAACUCUCCAACUUGAUGAGAAUCAGGCUUUCCAACUUGUUGUUGAGAAUCAGUCAGGUUUUCCAACUUGUCAACAAUCAAGCAGGCUUUCGAAUUGGUCAAGAAUCUGAUAGGUUUUUCAACCUGCUGAAUAUCAGGCAGGCUUUCCAAAUUGCUGGCCUGUCCAAGGAAAGUUUUUCAAUGAUAUUGGAAAAAAAAAAAAUUUCUGUUCUGACGAGGUUGUGCACCACUGAUUUGUCCUGUGGGUAUAUGUAAUAAACAAAUUGCAAAAUGUGCUUGUUUAUGCGUACACUGGUGGCUCUGAAAUUUUGUGCAUAUGAUGUCAUAUUGUUCUAGUAACCAGAGAGACACAGGUUAUAUUAGUAACUUUACCACUGAGAGCAAACUUUGGCGAUUUGUUUGUGCUGCACAAAUCUUCCCUGGGACUUCCAAGGGCAAGCUGCUCGGACAGUUGGAAAGCCAGUCCAGAAUGCACAUAAUUCUCAGUCAGUUGAAAACUGAAUCCCGGAGCGAAUCUGUUAUGUUCAUUCCUCAAGACCUAACUCAAAAAAUAGCCCAAAAAAGAAUUUUAAAACCUAUACUCAACUGCCAAAUUCUUAUCUAGCAUGGUAAUAAUGUGUUCUGGUCUUGAUGAAGGGCAUAUUUACCAAAGAAUUAUAAAAUACUUACAUAUGACUGUGAUAAAAUACUGUGUUGUCUCUAGUGUGUAUUUAUGAACCUUUUUGCACCUGUUUUCUUUGAAAGAAAUAUUCUUAUUAUGA